GACGGGUCAAGAAUAUCCUUAUGGUACCCUCUGCCUGUCGUAAAAGGCGACUAAAAGAGGACCAGGCAAGCGCGGAGGCCUAGAUAGCAGCCCUAUCACCGUGAUAUAUCUGGCAUGGCUGGUAACCAAGUCAGACGAAAAUCAACCUUACUCAAAACUCACAAACAACAGGAAACGGAUGGAACUAUGGGAUCCCAGGCGGAGGUGAACCCCUGGUUAAAAUAAAAACGCACGCUAACGAAAGGAAAUACAAAUUCGGAAACUGGAAUGUAAGAAGAUAUGCAGCCAAGGAGGCAGAAAUAAACGGAAUUCUAAGCAGCAGAAAUAUAGACUUUGCCGUGAUGUCUGAAACAAAGAAGUAAGGAAGUGGAACAAUCGAAUCUGGAAAUUACAUCGUUAUCUACAGUGGAGUCGACAAGAAAACCAGAGCUGCAGGCGGAGUGAUAUUACACAUACAUAAUAAACACCGCAAAAACAUCGACUCAUACAACAUAUGGCAUGAAAGAAUUGUAUCAGCAAGGAUGAGAUUGAAAAAAGACUUUCUUACAAUAAUCGGAGUAUAUGCACCAGAAGAGGGAAGAGAGGAACAAAGCGAAGAGUUCUACGAGCAACUACAGAGGGCAGUACAAGCAGUAAAUCCAGAAGAUAAAUUGGUAAUAGCAGGAGACUUGAAUGCUCAGGUAGGAGAUAAGCGUGUAAAGACAGUAACUGGUAUGUAUGGAACAGAAGGAAUGAAUACAAAUGGGAAAAGACUGAUAGAUUUUUGCACUUUCAACGGAUUAAGAAUCAUGAACACAUUCUACCAACACAAGAAAGAUCACAAGAUGACAUGGAGCAAUACGAGAGGACAAAGCUCAAUGAUCGACCAUUUCAUAGCCAAUGAAAAUGCCGCAAAGAAAUUCUUGUAUGUAAGAACAUACAGAGGCCUAGAAAUAGGCACUGACCAUCAUUUUGUUCAAGGAGUAAUGAGAAUGGAAACAACAAGAAUACCAGCAGGGAAAAAUGAAAAGAAGAUCAACACAAGAGCCCUGGAUGACCCAACCAACCAAUGGCUGUACCAAAGACGGAUGAAUAUCAUUAGUCAAGAGAUACUAGCAAGCCAGGACAUAGAAGAAGAAUGGAAAAAUAUCAAAUCCAUUGUGACAAAAGCAGCAAAAGAAAGCUUAGGAAUGGUUCCUUGCAGAAUUGGGGCCAAGCGAAUAAAGAAUUGGGACAACGAAAUCCAAGAACUCAUACAAAAGAAAAGACAGGCAGUUAGAAAAUUCAUGAGCACAAAAAGUGAGGUUGAUACUUGAUGGUGAAGAAUAUCGAAAACAGUCGGCAAAAGUCAAGAGAAAGUCCAGGAAAUUACAGAGAGAGAGAGCUGGGAAAAUUUCAUCACAUUCCUGGAGCAUGACACAUACAAGUUACGGCCAAAGGUGUACAAGAUCAUAAGAAGAAUUGACACAAAUUUUAACGAAAGAGUGCGUUUGCCAAAGAUUAAAAUCAAUGAUGCAAAGGAAUAUUUUGAAGAACUCUGGAGUGAUGAAAAUGCACAAGAUACAAAGAUAGAAGAUGAAAUUGGAGAAACAGAAGACAGAAUUUCAAUUAAAGAGCUUCAAGAAGCUUUGAGAACAGCAAAAAAUGCAAAAGCUCCAGGAGAAGAUGGCAUACCAACAGAAUUGUACAAAUAUGCAAGUGGUGAAUUUAAAAGAAGACUUCUGGAAUUCCUAAAUAGGAUGUACCAAGAAGAAAGGGUACCUGAAGAUUUCAAAACAGCAAUUGUAAUACCACUGUUCAAGAAAGGCGAUAUGUCAAACCUGAAAAACUACCGAGGAAUAAGUCUACUCAACACCUGCUACAAGAUAUAUGCGAAAAUACUGGCAAAACGACUGGCAGAGCAUGCAGAUGAAAAGCUGUCAGAAAGUCAAAACGGAUUUAGAAAAGGAAGAUCAUGCACUGAUGCAAGUUAUACAGUAAAACUACUGAUGGAAAAACGGAUCGAAUACAACCUAGAAACACACAUGUGCUUUAUAGACCUGGAAAAAGCAUAUGAUAGGGUUAAUAGAAAAAAACUGUUUGAAGUCCUAAAAAAUGAAGAGAUAACAUAUAAAAUGCGAAAGGUGAUAAACAGCAUAUAUAAGAACACUAGAAUAAGAGUAUGAAUUGGAAAUAAACUCUCAGAACAAGCAGAAAUAAACAGAGGAGUUCGCCAGGGAUGCCCACUGUCUUGUGUUUUAUUCAACAUGUACAUGGAUCACAUGGUAAAAGAAUGGCAGAAAAUGAAGCCAAAAGGAAUCAAGACAGACAGAAGGCAAGAAAUAUCAACAGUAUUAUUCGCAGAUGAUCAAGCAGUACUAGCUGAAACAGAAGAUGACCUACAGAGAUCAAUGUAUAAUUUAACAAAGACAUCAGAAAAGUAUGAUAUGAGAAUAUCUUCAGAGAAAACAAAAACAAUGGCCUUCAAAGGAAAGGAGCCAGUAAGAAGCAAGAUUGUAAUAAAUGGAAAAAUCAUUGAACAGGUCAACAAUUUCAAAUACCUGGGAAACACUAUAUCAUACCAGGGAGAAGUAGAUGUUGGUGGAAAGAUUGCAAAGUUCCUGAGAGUCACAGGACUGAUAAAUAGGACCCUGAGAAGCAGUAAGGUGCGAAAAGAAACAAGAUUGAAGGUGUACAAUACCCUAGCAAUACCAAUGAUGACGUAUGGAAGCGAGGUAUGGGCACUGAAGAAAUCUGAUAAAAGAAGAAUAACGGCAGCAGAGAUGAAGUUCAUGAGGAGAACGGCAGGGGUGACUCUCAGAGACAGAGUCCCAUCCGAGAAAAUAACAGCAGAUCUCGGAGUGAAGCCAGUCAUGAAGAAGGUAAAACAGUAUAGGAAAGAUUGGAGAAAUCAUGUCAAAAGGAUGGAGGAAACAAGAUCACCAAAACAGGUCCUCCAAUAUACACCAACGGGGAAGAGAAGCAGAGGGAGACCAAGGAGGAAACUCACGGAUACCUCAGGCUCAUCCUCAACAGGUUCCACACCGCAGCAGACAGGCCAAUAGGCCUACCGCUUAUAAGGAAACGACGACGACGACGACUGCUUAUAGGACCAUUGUAAUUGGUAUCUAACGAGAAAAUGAAUGUUCGACAGAAAACUGCAUCGUUAUUCAAGAUUCAUAAGUGUGCCAAGAAUACUCGAAGUACCUAAAUCCCCAAAUUAUUAUUUACAACUCCAUAAAUAGGUACCUGCGGAUUCAAGUAAGUACUUACUUAGAUAUUUGCGUUAUAUGUAGUACUUACAUACCAAUUUAAAAUUACAAAAAUAGCAAGGUUCGUAGUUAGUGUUCAUAAAUUAUCGAAAAUUAAUCUACUUGUGUCACUAAUUAAUUCUUCAGACAAACAAGGAAUGGUCAUACCAUGCGGUGCCUGGAUGUUCGAGUGUUUAACACCUUAUCAAGUUACGUAUUAUCUCAAAAAGAAGACGAAUAAAAUCGCUGUCAGCGCUUAGUCUCAUAAUAUGUAGGUAUUCAGUUUCAAUUCCAAUGCCGAGUGUGAAAAAAAAGGCAGAAAUGUUCAUCGUUCAUUUCAAACUACUACCAAUUUUAUUACUGAUUACCGCUGGUAACAGUUUCUCUUUGGAUACUGAUUGGUGGAAACACACGAUUUUAUACGAAAUUUACGUACAGUCGUUCAAAGAUAGCAAUGGAGAUGGUAUGGGUGAUAUUAAAGGAAUUACGAACAAACUCGAUCACUUCGUCGACUUGGGAAUCGAAACGCUUCACUUAUCGCCAUUCUUUCUCUCGCCAAUGAUGGAUUCAGGAUAUGAUGUAUCUAGCUAUACUGAAAUUAAUCCAGUAUUCGGAACAAUGGAAGAUUUUAACGAGUUGAUGAACGAGAUGAGACGUCGAGGUUUAAAACUGAUAUGUGAUCUUGUCAUCAACCAUAGCAGUGACGAACAUGUUUGGUUUGGAAAGUCCAUCGAAAGAAUUGAUCCAUACACAAAUUUCUACGUAUGGGUCGAUCCUAAAGGAUAUGAUUCAAAAGGACAGCCCACUCCGCCAAAUAACUGGGUGAAUUUAUUUGAAGGCAGUGCUUGGGAAUGGAAUGAGAGAAGAGGCCAAUUUUAUUUACACCAGUUUGCCAUUAAACAACCUGAUUUCAACUUACGCGAUGCCGAAUUGAAAAAAGAAAUAAAGAAAAUCAUGAAAUUUUGGUUGGACCGAGGUGUGGCUGGUUUCCGACUGGAUGCCACGAUGCAUUUUAUCGAAGAUGAAUAUUUCAGAGACGAGCCAUUCGUAGAUCCAAACAAAACGCAAAUUACUAGGUACGACGACUUGAAACACGUAUACACGACCGACUUGUGGGAAUCUUAUGAAUUUAUACACGAACUCCGGGAUUUCACGGAUCAAUACACUAUGGAGAAACGACAACAACUUGAAAGGAUUUUGGUAGCCGAAGCGUACACCACUAUAAAUCACACUAUGGCUUAUUAUGGCAGAGACAAUUAUGGCAUAACGCACUUUCCUUUUAAUUUUGAAUUCGUCGAUCUGCAUAAUUUCGUGAAUGCUACCUUAUACGCCGAUGUUAUAUUAAGAUGGUUGAAAAAUAUGCCGAAAGAUGCGACUCCAAAUUGGGUGGCAGAAAAUCAUGAUAAUAUGAGAAUCGGUAGAAGAUUGUGCGAAGAGUACAUGGACAUUGUAACCAUCACGAUGAUGAUGCUGCCUGGUAUAGCAUGUGUUUAUUAUGGGCAAGAAAUUGGUAUGACCAAUAGCUACGUUCGACCUGACCAAAGGAAAGAUCCGAAUAAUGAUGCUUCGCCCAGCGCUCAAAGCAGGGAUGGUGAACGACUGCCGAUGCAAUGGGACGAUACGAUGAAUUCAGGGUUCACAUCAAAGUACAUACCGUGGCUUCCUGUGCAUCCAAAUUAUUGGAAAGUAAACGUUGAAAAGCAAAAAUCCCAAGAAGUUAGCAGAUACAAUAUGUUCAAAGCACUGUCGCAGAUCAGAAAAAGAAAAACCAUGAAAAUGGGAAAUUUCAAAUCUUACAUUGUUUCUGAAUGGGUCUACGCGUUUACUAGAUCGUAUCGCCGAUACGAAACAUACAUAACGGUUUUGAAUGUUGGCAGUGAAAUCGAACCGGUCAAUUUACACGACGUCAUCAACAACUUGCCAUCAACUUUGCAAGUGGUUGUAGCUAGUGUUAAUGCAGGCUAUGUAAAAGGAGAUCAAAUUCUAAGUGUAUCCAAGUUUCCGAGGAUUUUCUCAAUGAGGCCAUUAUCCGCCAUUGUUCUAACCACCAGAGCUCAAACCGAACCUCCGAUAUUCAGAACGCAAUUAAUCGACCCGAGAAUAAAUAAGAAUUCAUCAGAAAUUUAAGAUGUAAAUUUCUUCGACAAUAAACUAUAAUUAUCUCGUGACAAAAA